GGGCGGGGAUGGCAGCGGGGGAGCAGGAGCGAGCUCUGCCAGUCCGGCCAGCCCUGGCGGAGAGUGCGGACCCCGCUGCCGCCGCUUGAGCCCCGCGAGGACGGGACGGGACGGGACGGGACAGGAGGGGACGCGGCGCCGCUCGGCUCCCGGCUGCAGCCGCCCAGCCCGCCGGGGCAGCAGCGCCCGCCCUCCGCGCCCGAGGACACGUCCAGCCCGGCAGGCUUAGCUAGAUAUUUCCCAGAUCAUCACAUCAGGUGUGGAGUCGAAGAAGAACACCUGUCCUCCCUGGCAAGCUGUAGGUGUGAUCCAGAUGAAUGCACUCGAACACUGAGAUUGAAUUUGAAUUUCCUGAAUGAAAGGCUUUUACCGGAUUUCAAAACAAGAUUGUGGAGAGAAGAGCAGAAUGAGAGCUUCCCAAGCAUCACAUGCCUCCUGCUUCUUAUCCUUGCUAAUGCUAUUCCUUCCAGUCACUGGAACUUCAAAACAAAAUAUCCCAAGACUUAAGCUUUCCUAUAAAGACUUGCUGCUCUCAAACAGCUGCAUCCCAUUCCUGGGCUCAGUGGAGGGGCUUGAUUUUCGAACCCUGCUGCUAGAUGAGGAGAGGGGUCGGCUGCUAAUCGGAGCUAAAGACCACAUCUUCCUGCUCAGCUUGGUUGAUUUAAACAAAAAUGUAAAGAAGAUUUACUGGCCUGCAGCAAAAGAAAAGGUGGAAUUAUGCAAAUUAGCUGGGAAAGAUGCCCAUACAGAAUGUGCAAAUUUUAUCAGAGUUCUUCAGCCCUACAACCGGACCCAUGUUUAUGUCUGUGGAACAGGAGCCUUCCACCCUAUCUGUGGAUAUAUUGAACUUGGAACACACAAAGAGGAAACAGUAUUCAGGCUGGACACACAGACCUUGGAGUCUGGCAGAUUGAAAUGUCCUUUUGAUCCUCAGCAGCCUUUUGCUUCCAUAAUGGCAGAUGAGUACCUCUAUGCUGGAACAGCUUCUGAUUUCCUUGGCAAAGAUACUGCUUUAACACGUUCUCUGGGCCUGUCUCAGGACCACCAUUACAUUAGAACUGACAUUUCUGAACAUUACUGGCUUACUGGAGCAAAAUUUAUUGGACUCUUCCCCAUCCCGGACACGUACAACCCAGAUGACGACAAAAUCUAUUUCUUUUUCCGAGAAAUAUCACAAGAUAGCAGUACCUCUGAUAAAACAAUCCUUUCCCGAGUUGGAAGAGUGUGUAAGAAUGAUAUGGGCGGUCAGCGGAGCCUCAUAAAUAAGUGGACAACUUUCCUUAAAGCAAGGCUGGUGUGUUCAAUACCUGGGCCUGAGGGAGCAGACACACAUUUUGAUGAGCUCCAAGAUAUAUUCUUACUUUCUACAAGAGAUGAGAGAAACCCUCUAGUGUAUGGAGUCUUCACCACUUCAAGCUCUGUAUUCAAGGGCUCUGCAGUAUGUGUGUACAGCAUGGCUGAUAUCAGAGCUGUGUUCAAUGGUCCUUAUGCUCAUAAAGAAAGUGUGGAUCAUCGAUGGGUACAAUAUGAAGGUCGCAUCCCAUAUCCAAGACCUGGUACAUGUCCAAGCAAAACCUAUGACCCGCUUAUAAAAUCUACCCGAGAUUUUCCGGAUGAUGUCAUUAGUUUUAUCAGACGUCAUCCACUGAUGUACAAGUCAGUUUACCCGGUGACUGGAGGACCUGUAUUUACAAGGAUCAAUGUUGACUACCGACUGACACAGAUUGUGGUGGAUCAUGUUAUGGCAGAAGACGGUCAAUAUGAUGUUAUAUUCCUCGGAACAGAUCUAGGGACAGUUCUCAAAGUUGUGAGUAUUACCAAGGAGAAGUGGGUAAAGGAGGAAGUAGUCCUGGAAGAGCUGCAAAUAUUCAAGCAUCCAUCAGUUAUCUCAACUAUGGAGAUUUCCCUGAAGCAGCAACAAUUGUACAUUGGUUCCAAAGACGGAUUGGUUCAGCUCUCAUUGCACAGAUGUCACACAUAUGGGAAGGCUUGUGCAGACUGCUGCUUGGCCAGAGACCCAUAUUGCGCUUGGGAUGGAAACUCAUGUUCCAGAUAUGCACCCACUUCUAAAAGGAGAGCUAGGAGGCAAGAUGUCAAAUAUGGAGACCCAGUUGCCCAGUGUUGGGAUGCGGAAGACAGCAUUAGUCAUGAAACUGCUGAUGAAAAGGUGAUUUUUGGCAUUGAAUUUAAUUCAACUUUUCUGGAAUGUAUUCCUAAGUCCCAGCAAGCCUCUAUUAGGUGGUAUGUUCAACGCUCUGGAGAAGAACAUCGAGAAGAGCUGAAGGCCGACGAGAGGGUGAUCAAAACGGAACAUGGCCUGCUGAUCCGCAGCUUGCAGAAAAAGGAUGCUGGAGCCUAUUACUGCAAAGCCCAGGAGCACACAUUCAUCCACACCAUUGUGAAGUUGAACUUGAACGUCAUAGAAAACGGGCAAAUGGAAAGCACGCAGAAAACGGAGGACGAGGAAGGACGGGUGCGGGAUUUAUUAACUGAGUCCCGGCUGAGGUACAAGGAUUACAUCCAGCUUGUCAGCAGCCCCAGCUUCAGCCUGGAUGAGUAUUGUGAACAGAUGUGGCACCGGGAGAAGCGGCGGCAGCGGAACAAAGGCGGGGCCAAAUGGAAGCACGUGCAGGAGAUGAAGAAAAAGCGAAAUCGAAGGCACCAUGAAACUGCCAGCCGACAUGGAGGCCCUACAGCCACGUAAUUUGGAUAUUCUAUUUAAAGACAGAACAUUUUACAUGUGAAAAUACUGUGUUGGGGGGGGGGGGAAGGGGGGUGCUGCAUCCUUCCUUGUAAUUAAUAUUGCUUCUCACUGAGAUCAUAUAAUGCACAGUCAUUAUUAAUCUGUAUAAGGCUGUACUGUGGAAUACAAUAUCAAAUGAGAUGUUUCUGAUUUGAGUACCGCAUCCUAGGCAAUUUUUUUUAAAUAAAAGUUUUGGACUUUUAGGUGGUACUUGGAGGGUGAGAGGCCAAUACGCGGGAUUUCAUGUGGGUGUUUCAUAGUUUCACUAACAUAAUUUUUCCAUGGGAUUUAGCGUUUGUAUUACUGGCUGUUAUUAAUUGGCUGCUACAUUCCACUCCAGAAGUGGCUACAUUUCAGGGGUGGGCAGAUGUAUUUGUAGAAGUGUUUUGGCAUCUUUAUAGAUGAAAGGUGAUAUAUAAAUAUGUGACAGAUCUGCAAAACAACACUAACUUGACCCUUGGGCUCAUAACUAGGCAUAUGGGUGGGGGCUGCUAGCACAGAAAGGCGAUGUGAAAAAAAUCAAUUAAGUAUUGGCUUAGGAGUAACUUGUGCUUGUGCCAAGAAGAGAAAAAGAAAAGCCUGAUCAUAGUUUAAAAGGAGGAAAUACAGAGCAUUAUUCAUUAGGGUUUAAGUAGCCACCAGUUUGCAGUCCAUCUGCUGAAAUGAAAUGUUGAUUCAAAUUGAAACUGCCAGCAAGAUACUCGAGAGUAAAUGUCCUAAACGGUGCGUGGGAGAUGUGUGCACAAAUCCGAUUAACAAAUAAUCGGAUUUCUGCCUUCACCUUUUUUUGUGUCUCUGAACACUUUACCCAGAUUGUCUCCACUCACCUCUAUAACUCCGAUGUUUUUGCUGGCUUCUUUUCAUGCUGUUAGUUCAUGAAAGAAAAAAAAUAAAGGAAGAGGACAAAAAUACACUUGAUAACAUAAGACGAUGAGGGAAACCUAUUUUUUGACAGAGAUAGUGCAAACGUUCCUCAGAUGUGUGUAUUCUUCUUUUUUUUUCUGUUUUAAAGGUCUUUUGUAUUUCAGAGUCAAAUUGUUGCAUUGUUGAAAUAAAUACUUUUUAUUAUAAUUAAAUAAAAAACAAAAAGUACCCAUGUGUAAAUAUAUAGAAGCACAAGUCAAAAAUUAGCAGAUUUCUGUUGACAGUAAUUCCAUUGGGAAAGUAUUGCUAGAUUUAUGCUUUACUGUUUAAUAGGUUACAUCAUUCUGUACAGGCAAGAGAUAUGCAGCCUUACUCUAAGCAGUGUGACUUCAUUGGACUUACUCCUGAUUUACACCAGAUGAAGCAUGAUCAAAUUCAGGCUUUUCUGUCUCUUCUCUAGCUCUGCAGCCUGCCUUCCCCCACUUUGUCAAACCUUCCCUGUUUUCCCUUUCGCGCCUUUUUGAGUGUGAAAUGACAAAUUAGCCACUUCCUCACAUGGAAGAGAGCUCCGAUGGAUACCAAAAAGACAGACUUUACUUGUUUCUCAUGCAUUCUACAAGUCUUGAGAGCAAAGUCUGUGGGAAACCCAUGUGAUUGGUGUGCAACUCAUUAAGGAACUGAAAACUUUAGUUCUGAAUACUAGAGAUUAGACCUAUCCACUACCCAACAUGUGUGUGCAUUUAGUCCCUGAUCAAUAAUUGUGUAGAUACAAGUUGUGUCAUUGUAUAUUUCCUUUCUGUGGAAUGAUACAAAAACAAUGAUACAUUUUUUUCACAUUUCAGAAAGGAGCCUCAGCUUACUCAAGUUUCUUGUAAAAACCUAAAGCAAAAUUUAAAAAAUGUAUUAUAUAAAGCCAGGAAUACCAAAUAUAAUUCUCUUUAGGGCUAGGGACCCACAUUAAACACAAAAACUGGUUUAAAUGAUCAGAAACUGGUUUAAACCUAUAACAGAACAGAAGUUUAGUGCAUAUAAAUCAGUUUGAAAAUGGCUGAAACCGGUUUAAGAUGAACCUGGUUGAAAGUAGUAUCAGACUUAACUGAUUUGGGUCAAACUGGUUUAUGCAAUGUCUGUCUCAGACCCCUUGCUGGUUUAAGAUAAACCAGACACUCCCAGCAUCCUGGCAUGCUCUCUGAGCUGGGCAGGCCUCUCUGCUCCACAGGAGGGCUGGUCCCUCUCCUCUGCUCCCUGGAUGGAGCUCAUCAGAGCAUCCUCCCAGGACCUGGCCAUGCCCCCUCAGCUCAGCAUUGUGGAAGGGAGGGAGGGCUGCUCUAGUGUCCCCUGGCUUCUAGCCUUAGCCACUGCAGGUAUAUGCCUGCAUGUCUGGGAUGUGUGUGCAGUUACAAACUGGUUCAGCCUAGCCAGGUUAAACUAACCUGCAAAGAUUGAAGCUCAGGCUCAGCCUCAGGCUUUGUGAAUGUCUGUCCCUAGCCUAGAUGUUUGUUUGUUUUUUCAGAAGAAGCACUGGGAAUGUGUGCCCAAUAGUUUGACAGUGCUAAGCACUAAGUGCUGUAUGUUAUAAAAGAUAGGUAGUAGGUUGCUUUACACAGAACUUUAAACAUACAGAUCCUGCUGUCACUUGUAAGUGCAGAAUUUUUAAAAGUGACUAGUGAUUAGGGUGACUUUUGUAGUGUGAGGGAUCAGGAGAUACAAACAGCCAUACUUUGGGUUGUAAUCCAGCUGUCUGAACUUUUCUUACUGUCUCCCUAGUUCAGCCUUUUAGUGCUCUCUAGUGGAUGUGGAGGACAAGGACUGUAUGAUCAUACCACACCUUAAAAUCGUUAAGGUCACUUGGAACUACUUAUUGAGGAUUUAGUGAGCAUUUGCCUUAUGAAUAUCAGGCCUCUCAAGAAGUCUUAAUAUGACUGCUGAAAAAAUGAAAUACUCUAAAUCUUUUUGUGACUUCUGAAAAUAUAGUAUGGUGAUUGCCUUCACCAAGCAGAACUCACUGAUUUAUUCCUUGUUGGAUUCUACCAUUCCCCAGAGUACCAUCUCUCAGCCUUAGCCCUUGUGUGAAUAUGAAGCAAUAAGCCAGGACUAAACUAAGAUGAUUGCCUCAUGUGGUUCAUCCUGUCUCAUGAUUACAUAUACUGACAAGGGGCUUACUCCUAAUUCUCAUUGAAAUUGGUGGGAAUAGGAUUGAACUCAGUAUUUUAAGUACUGCUUACAGGUUAAAUCCUGUUUGCCACCUGCAGGGAAACAGUAUUCCUUGCUUUCUGUUGGCCAAUUCCCCCAAGUAAUAUACAUGGAAUUUAGCCAUAAAUAGGUAAGAGUGUUGUUGCUGUCAGGAUGGUCCAGGACAUGUUAAAAGGCAAAUCUUUUUUGUGAUGGGACCAACUGUACAGUUAGAAAAGAUGUUGGAGAAGUUGGGGGCAUCAGGUGUCAUUCCUCAGAUGCCCAAAAGCUUAUCCACUGGUUCUCCAAUUGGUCCAACAAAAGAUAUCACAAAAAAAAGUCUUGCCCAUCUCCAUAAAUAAACUAACAAAAUGUUGUUUAAUAUAGUUUUCCACCUUAAAAGACAAAUGGACUAGCUUGGGUUUAAAUACUCUCGUGGUCUACAGUCCUCACAUAGAACUCUCUACUGACUUCAAGAGAAGUUUUUAUGUGACUAAAAGCUGGAGCUUUUUUUUUUAAUUCAAAUUUCUUUUGAAAUUCUUAAAUUCAGCUUCUUUUUAUUUUAUUUCAAAUCAUCUUGCAGUAGGUUUCCUCUCAGAGGGAUGAUCUCAGCACUCCUAGGUGGGGCAGAAAAGCAGAGCCCUAAGUGAGGUAUGAGGCCACUUCUGUCUUGGGGAAAUACAUUCAAUAUCCUCCAAGUCAUUAUGCUGUAUUGGAAUCACCCCCUCCUCUCUCCCUAGGGAGGGGCAUUUAAUAAUAUUGUGCAGAUAAAAAUGUUUGGUUCAGUCAGUUUUAUAAGAGUUGCCUGUUGAGCUAGCACAGUAUUUUGCAUUCAUAUAGAUGAUCCGUGUGCAGGGACGCUGGAGACCAGUAAAUGAACUGGACAGAUCAGGGACCACUAAGGAAGGUAAGAAGGGGUUUCGUUAGACAGUGUUUUACAAUUCAAGGUUAGCAGCAGCUCCUUCAGUCCCAGAGGGGGGUUCAAAGGAGAACAAAAUGAGCUAACUCUGGAAUUGUAACAUGAAAAGCGGGUCAGGAAAGCAUACUUUUCCAUGGAAAAAAAAAUCAAGUUCUGUAUAAUUUAAAAGCCAAAACCUGCAACUGCUUACAUUUCAAAAUGAGGAUUUGGGGGUCAGUCGUGCUGCUGAGCUGUACUGAGUCACAACAGGCUCGUAGUUAAAAUGAAACUGAACCCAACUUCCUUAAAGAGCUCAAUAAAAUAAUGCUAACUGAAAUUUGGGUUGAAAGGGGGAAAAGUUAUCCUUGCACUAAUAAUGGAAAGGUUUAGACAGAUCCCUUAGUGGAGACUUGUAAUAAUAAUAAUUAAAAAACCCAAUUUAGAGCUAAUCCCUAAGCAAAUCUUCUCCCCUCCCUCCAAAUAUAUAAAACUACUUUAAAAAAAAAAGAAGCCCCCUUUCUUGGCCUGCUGGAGUUUGGCUGAGCAGCCUGUCAGACAAAUGCAUACAGUGCGGUUGGUAGUGAUUAGGAUGCUGAAUUCGGAUGCAACCUUUAAAAGACCCAACCGGGCCUUGAAGCUUGUAAUAAUUUUGAAGUCAGUUAAAAAACAAACAAACAAACAAAAAAAAACAGGAUUAGCAGAAGACACAAAUAACAUAGUGACACUUAUUCUGAUAAGCUGGUUCCAUUGCUGCAAAAAAUGUUGUAACCACACAUUAAUAUGCACACAUGCUACAGACAGCCUGGGCCUGAUUCUCAUCCAAGCUGUAGUGAUGUAACCUAAUAAACCUUAGUAACGUUUUUAGUUUUACAUUCUUGUGAGAUCAGCAUUAGCUCCAGAGUCUAAACCCUUAUGAAAUAAGUAAAAUCCGAUAUGCCCCUAGUCCUUUAUCCAGGAAUCAAUAGGUGGCUAGUGGAAACUGAUUUUCUUCUGGUCUUUGUGCAAUAUGUAUGAUGUGUUGUAAAGACUCAUACAAAGAAGGGUAUUUUUUUUAAACACAAGGUUACUGCAAUCAGUUAAUAACAUUUGAAAAUAUUCAAGAACCAGCUCCAACUCCGACUCAUGUCAGUGCACUAAUGAUUAUUUAGCUUAUCCUUGCUAAAUUUUGAUCUAAUGGAUUCUGAUCUAAUGGGAAAAAAAUAACAGCAAGGUCUUCCAAAUCACAGCCUAAGUUGAAAGCAGUUGUGCAUUGAUCCAUUGGCUUGAUCCUGUUCUCAUUCAUGCAAACAUAAAUUGGGAUUUAGCAACAUGGAGGUCAAUAGAAUUACAUGUGCAUGAGUAGAAAAUUAAGCCCACAUGUGUCUCUAAUACAUUGUUACAUCUUAUAAAAAAUUAUAUGGUCUCUAAUAUUAUAUUUUACCAUAGUGUUGCUAACAUUACAUUGAAUUAGGCUUCUGUGGUUAGCUGAAGUGGGGAAUUCUUUGAGGUUGCAAUCUAGAUUUUGAGCUUAAUAAAAUGAGUUCAUUUCAGAAAGCAAAAGGAAGGGGAAGAAAAUUAUACAUGCCAUGGGAAAGAUUUCUGAAGCUUUGAAAAGUGACCCUGGCUUUUUACUUCCAUGGCUUUGUACGAUAGUGACUGCACCAUUUAUGUUUUUCCAGUGCUGAACAUUUAAACAAGUGCUUGUGCAAUUUAUAAUCCACAUGUUAGCAAACUGGCUUGAUCCUGCUUCUUUUGAACAGCGAUAGGAUAUAAUAUAACAGUGAUGGGAUUGGUCCUUAUCCCUUCAGAUUUGGUUUUACAUGCUUCCAUUUAAAUCUAUUAUCUCAAAGCACUAUGUCUGAUCCUAUCUGAGUGUUCACUUGAUCCUUACUCAGUCAAACACCCUUUGAUACUGAGAAAAAAGGCUGUGAAAAACAAGGUGAAGAUUUUAUGAUCUGGCCCAUGGCUCAGUAUAUGAAACUAAAUACCCUAAAACAUCUCUUGCCAUAUUCUCAGCUCAGAAAGGGGUGUUUCUCAGGCACUUACAUUUACCACCAAGUUACCUACAGUUCUGACAUACAAAUACUUCAGAAUGGAUGUCUGGAAAGAUAAAUCAGAGAUCAGGAAGUGAAAUUUCCAUCAAUAAUAAGAUUUUGAAAUGUGUUUAAAGCUUUCUUUCCCUUCUCAUUGUGUACAGAUUUCCCAGUUUAAAUUCAAAGUCUGCUGUGCUUUAAAACAACGUGAAAUGAUAAUCGUAACAAAUUCGCAAGGUGAUGUAAGAAACAGAAGAACUGUUCCAGGUGACUUUUAUUACUGCUGUAGACUGCUAGUUAAUAGUUUCAAACAGUUAAUGCCAAGAAAAUCAUCUGUCCAUUCAUAGACAACCAUGCUAUUUUUAAUAGGCCUAGACACGGCUCAGUUUUGGUGGUGUUUCAUAUUCUGCUCCCGUGGUCUUAUUAUGUAUAAGUGCCUUUGGCUGUUUUUUGUGUUCUGUUCAUUUUAUUCUUGCUAUUAAAUAGAAAUGUCUCUGAGGCCAGCCGGUUUUUGAAAUCUCAACAUUGAUGAAUUUAGUGCAUGGAAAAGAAGGGUUAGGAAGGUAAUUUGACCUGGAUACUUGUACAUAUUGUGCCUACUAUGGGCAGAGUGUUAUGGGUUUAAUGACUUUAAUGAGAUUUCAGAGCCUUGUGGGACUUCAGCAGUUUUGUCUAUAAGCUGAGUGUCAGGGUCCAUUUACAAAACUAGUAUUUACUGUACUCCAAAGCAUCAUCUAAAGUUGUGUAAUUGGACUCCAAAGUUGUAAAAUCUGAUGUUUAGAGAUGGCAAAAAAAAAUAAUUUAAUAAAAUAUUUUCCCUAUUUUGUUAUAAAGGUCAAAGGAAAUUCUUAUUGAUAAAAUAUGCUUACUAAUGGCCCUUCAAAUGCAUAUCUGAGGUGGAGUUGGGGGAGUUGUGUUAAAUAUAUUGAUAGGUCAUGACAGUCAGAAGAGUUUUUUCAAAAAUGUUUUUUGAGAAUUUCAAUUAAAAAUAUUCUUGUUCCCUUCCUUCCUCCCACCACUAAGAAAAUUCACACACAGAAGGACAAUGGCGCUAAAGUGAAAAUUGCUUUGAAUUUGUUUUCAAAAUACAUAUAGCUUUAAAAAGGUUGAACCUGUUUCAAGGAUUCUGUAAAUUCUUUUUUAGAGACUUUCCAUGCUUUCAAGUGUUUUAGACAGUUUAAAGAUUGCUUGUCAAGGUGUUAACUUUGUAAUAGCCUAUAUUUUUGGAUAGAGAGAACAAAAGAGAGAUUUUCUCCAAACUGCUCUAUAAUAUUUUCAGUCAGUUCUAUAAAGAUGAUUCCUGCCCCUUCCAAGAACAGCAUCAGCAGCUCAGGAUAUAUUUUGCCUGGCAAGAAACAGCAGCUCAGAAAAUCUUCACAAUCUUUUAAAUGGAAAAUUGAAACCAAACUGACUGACCGCAUAAUACCUUACAUUCUCUUAGUAAGGUUAAUGUAUUCCUUUGGUGUGAAAGUACCCUCUGUUCCACAUAUCCAGCAGAAUUCUGUAUUUCUUAUGUUCCACUUAUAUCCAUCUUAUAAGGUACCCAUAGGACACAAGUCAUUUAUAGGGCAAGCCAAUUGCAUGGGGAUGAAUUUCACCUCUAUAGGAUAACUAUUUAUAGAAUGAUAUGAGGAAAAACUCUGUUGGUGGGGUGAGUCUAUUUGUAAAUCUCCACAGUUAAUGGUGUAACAUGAUUAAAGUGAUCAAUAAUGAGAGACCUACCAAAAUUGUGACAGAAGUGCACUGUGCAGCAGCUCCUUUAAUCUUGCUUGUUUCACUGUGCAGCCUCCUGCCUCUGAUUGGUGGAGGCCUUGGAGGUCCUGCUGCUGAUUGGCCAGGAGGCAAAAACCAUGGUUUGAAAUAUGGCACAGUUUUUGUCUCCUAGCUGAUCAGGGACUGGCAGGGCUGCUGGGGCCCUUGGCUACUCAGCAAUGUCAGGCAAAAACUGUUCCAUAUUUAAAACCAUAGUUUUUGCCUCCUGACUGAUCAGUAGCAAGCCGCAGGGCUCUGCCAAUCGUGGGGGGGGGCACAGAAAAGUGAGCAAGAUUAAAAGGACUGAAGUGCACCUCCACCACAAUUUUGGUAGGUUCCUAAUGGUAAGCUCUGAGUUUCCCAGACCUGCUUUUUUAAAAUCAUUUCCACUCUUGUAUUCCAAAGGUAACUGAAACUGUUAAAUGUAUAUUUUGGUUGUACUAUAAUAAACACAGAGCUGAAAAGA